AUGGCUUCUUACUGGGAGGUGGUUGGCGGACUGGACAAAGGAGGCAUUUUGGUGCGAGAGCGGCUGAGCCUCAAGUCUCCAGAGCUCCCGCAACGAUUGUCCACUGGUGCAAUCCUUGGCGAGUUAGAACGUUCUGGCGAACGGCUCAGAUAUUGCUUGCUCAAAGGCACAGGCCCUUGUGAAGGCUGGGUCAGCCUGAAGGUUGCUGGCAAAGAUCUCAUUCAGCCUACUUCUGCCCUGGGUGGUAAGCCUUUGGAUCCAGAGCCUCUGCCUAACCAGGACGCUGUGCCUACGAGCAAGCCUUUCCCAGCUCCCAAGGGCCGCUGCUUCGGAAAGGAUAAGAAAAUGAAGAUGCUCUGCUUGCACGGCGGCGGCGUUAGCAAGACUGUAGCCCAGAUGCAGCUCAACAGCACAUUCAAGGAGAUGCCUUGCAAGAAGCAGCUGGAAUGGACCAUCUGGACGGGCCCACACACUGUACCCUUGGGCUGGAACGGGGACUUUUCCUUGAAGCCCUUCGGACCCAACUUCACCGUUUACUUUGAGCGCCUUCCCUUUGCAAACUGCCAGUGGGAAACUUGGGAUGGUUUUGACAAGACCUUGGCCGAGUUCAAGAAAUUUAUUCGAGAGAAUGGCCCCUUCGAUGGUGCGAUGGGUUUCGACAUGGGAGGCGAAUUCCUGGUUCAUGUGGCUGGCCUUGCUACAGAAGGAGAUCCCGAUCUACAGGAUGCCUUCCGCUUUCUCAUCCUCUUUACCACAACGGCUCCGAAGCACUUGUCCCCCAUGGGCAAGGACCGCAUCAAGGCUCCCUUGCAAAUACCCACCAUCUGCAGCUGGGCAAAUUCUGAUGAGAACCAUCCGUUCAUGGAGUACGAGGAGCUUCCACUUUUCAUUCACCGUGAUUUCAGGGAGGUCAUUGUCCAUGCAGACGGGCACAAGCCCCCUGUCCUCAAGAAGGACCAGACAGUCUUUUGGCGAUUUUCACGAUUUCUAGAUGCCAUGGAGAAGGGAGAUACAUUCACUCCAACUGACCACGAGGACAACGCAGUCCGUGCGAAGCUGUGGCUCCCUUUGCAGCGGUCCACUGAUGUGAGCGUUCCUCCGAGCAAGAGGCGGCUGCUGGUGGUCCCUGACCCUGAGGGACCUGGCGAUCUGCCAAAAGUCCUAGACGUGCUGCGGGCUCGGCAGGCUGCGGGUGAGGCCUUGGAGAGCCCAGGCGAGCCUUGGGUCCGCGGCGGCACACCUCCGAAUCCGAUUCAAAGACUGGAGCUCCUCUUGCAGGUUUGCAGCGCGUCUCAUGAGAUCUUUCAGAAAAAAGCCGUUGCAGAGCUGGAUGUGGAUCAUGUGGAUUAUACGGAGGAGCAGCGAAAGAUCAACUGGCAUUGUUCUUUGGCAGAAGUGCCCUCCCGACAGCUUCUGAACAAGGACAUCAUUGAAGAUGAGCGGCAUGACCAGCUUGCGCAAGAUCUGGCCAAAGGGUUCUUGGAGGCCAAGAAGGAUGUCGCAGAAUCCCUGGCGCUCGUGGGCCUGGGAACCGGUGCCUUCGUUGCCUUUGCCAUUGCGCGUGAAAUGGUUGCGAAGGGCCUGAAGCCAGCCGGCCUUUGGCUUAUAGAUCCACCGCUUCGAUUACCUUGGGCUUGUUCAGCAGAGCCUUGUUCUCUGAAGGACUGUCCGGUGCACAUCUUGGUGGACCGCGACUCGACGUACGGCCCGCCAUGGAGAUACGAAGUGUCCACCUGCGGACCAUUCACUAUCAACACCUUUGUCGACAUAGAUGAGAUGGUUGCAAAGGUCAUGGACGGCGCUCGAAGCACUUAG